UGCAAUUUGAAGGCGCGGCAAUCUCAUAUUGAUUCAAGAGGCUGAUGACUGCUCCUCAAGCGGCCCAGAAACUCAGCAGCGGAUGUACGCGCGCCCAACGCUGCAUCGGCAUCAAGACGUCCUCGGACGGAAAGCUGGUAUUUGAAGCCCAAGGUGACUGUGUCGUUGUUCGCAGCACAAAGACGGGCGAAGUGGUGCACCAUCUCCGAGCUGCCACCACAUCGGCUGACCCCAACACGAAUGCACAGGCCGAGAAACUGCGUCUGCGGUACCGCAACCAGUACAUCCGCGCACACUUUGAAACCCAGUACAAGAACCCCCACCCUGACGAUGACGCGGCCACCGUUGCGGCGCACAAAGGACUGUGGAUCCAGCGUCAGGUCGACAAGUUCGUCAUCCCUGCAGACUACCUGUCCCACGUGACAGCGUUUGCGUUGCACCCGACAAAGUCUGGACAGCUCUAUGUUGCCACAGCCGACCAUGUGCUUCGCGUGUGGGAUAUCGCGCAGGCGACGCCACUUGAGUCGUAUACUGUGGAAGCGCCUGUGGUGUGGAUGCAGGCCAGUUCUGUUGAUCCGUCGUUGUUGCUGCUGGUGUUCAACGAUACCGCGCGCCUUGAUCGCAUGCAUGCCGUGGUCCUAAGCAAGGAAUCGAGGGAGGCGAAGCGAAAAGAUGCAGGGACAGUCUCUCCGGCGGAAGAGUUGUCGGCAGAGGAGAAGAAGGCUGCUCUGCGAAAGAAGAAGAAGGACGAACAUCGUCCUAAGUGGACGCUCAACUUGCACGGUCUCGAAACAACCCACUGGCGCUUGGUCACGUACAACCUGUCGAAAGGCGCGAUCGAAACCGAGCUCAUCCAGCGCAAGUUUAUGCCGUUUUACGGCGCCCACAUGCAGCAGCGGUCGAUUCACUCUGACUACAUUGCGGCCGUCGCUAUCAUCGCAUCGUCCCACGUCUUCUACCUUCGACUGGGCGUCAAGAACACAGGCGACACCACCCCCCGCGCGUUUGUCUUGAGCCGCUUGGAACAUGUUCGUCAAUUGUCAUGUGUUACUGUGCAUCCGACGUCGGAUGAGGUUGUGACGGGCGACUCGAUGGGUCAAAUGCAAGUGUGGCGGCACCUCGACACAGCGGGCAAAGGCCUCCAGCCAGCCAAGCUCCAUUGGCACGCGCAUCGAGUCGGCUGCGUCGCAUACUCUCGCGAUGGGAGCUAUGUUGCGUCGGGAGGGGAAGAAUUUGUGCUCGUAUUGUGGCAUCUUGAAAGCGGUCGGCGCCAGUACAUGCCGCGUCUGUCGGCGGCGCUUAGCAGCAUCGCUACCAAAACGGACGGGUCGGGGUACUUGGUUGCUUGCCACGACAACUCGAUCUUGUCGUUCAAUCCGGUGACCAACAUACACGAGUGGCAAAAGGGCGGGCUGGGCCGAGUCGGUCUCUCUGCGUCCAAGACUCUUGUUGGUCGGCGGCUUGUAGUUGAGCCGUGGGCGAACACGCUGGCGGUACAGGCGAAAAGUUUAGUGGGGCAUGUUCAGUUCUACAACCCACUCAAGGAUCGCGUCGUGAGCACGCUCGCGCUGACCCAGCGCAACCAAGUGUCUCGGACGGACGAUGAAGCACCAAUACGAACGUACGCGACGCAGAUCUGCUUUGCCCCACUAGCUCGCACCAUGGCCACCGUCACGACGACGCUGGACGAGUGCGUGCUUCGCUUCUGGUCGCGCAAAAGCGACGGGUCGUUUGCAAUGCACACGGAUGUCGAUAUGCCGCACGGAGACCACGUGAUUACGGCGAUGGCCAGCCAUGGCGGCAUCGUCGUCACGGCGGACAACCACGGCGAGUUCCGAGUGUGGCACGACCCGACAUCAAACGGAUGGACGUGUCGAUCGCUGGCACAGUUCCGCCAGGUCGGGAUUGGCGCGGUCGAGUUCUCUCCUGAUGGAUCUCUUCUCGCCGUCGCGUAUGGCUCGCUCCUGACAUUGUGGGACCCCGCCACGAAUGUGCUCCAAAGUGUUUUGUCGUACCCGAACGCCGCCAUCAAGGAUAUCCUUUUUGCAGCCAACUCGCCCCACGUCGCGGUCCGAACCGUGUCUGGCGUGUACGUGUGGUCGCUGCUCACUUGCACGAUCACUUGGUUUUACAACCUCCCCGUGACGUGCAUUGCAUUGUCGCCCGAGUCGGACCAACUUGUUCUGGCCGUCGUGACCAAGUCCAAGACGCUGGACGUGACGACGCACGUGAUUGCGUUCGACAUUGCGUCGCCUCUGCCCACGGCUCUCCACCAUCUACGCCAAGUGGAUGCUGCCGCCAUUGUGUUUUACAAGAAGAACCUCAUCGUGAUGGACACGGUGAGCCACGUGUACUUGGUCGGCGAUGAGCACGCCGUCGUGGCCCACGAACCCACUGUUGCCCCCGCCCAGGUCUCGUCGCUCCAACGAAUGUAUGGCUUGAACCUGGGCAAAGACGACAAGACGGACGAAGACAUAGCGAAUGGAGAAGCUGCCGUCAGGUCGCAAGACAAGGGACUGUUUGACGCGCCUGCACAUGUGCUGCCACCCCUGCGGUCCCUGUACCGUUCGUUCCUGGACACGAUCCUCCUCGCCAAGCAUGAAGCAGCGCAAUCGAUUAGCGCCACCCCAGGUAGCCACAAUGCAACACGGACACUGAACGACAGUGCCGCCAUCCCACCUGCCAAGAAACACAAGCCAGUGGUCGUCUUGCCGGAAGAAAAGCCGGAGGACACAUAUGCCGCGCUUAAGAAGUUGUUUACCAAGAAGUAGAUGGAUGAAAGUAAUAUAUAGAUAUGACGACUCGUGCUUCUCACGAUGCACCGCUCAAGGUUGUUCCACAC